UAAUGGGGAGGUGGUCAAGAAUCUGUGAAGGCUUGAAAGGGCCCAUGAGUCUUCUCAUCAUUGAGGCAUUCUAUGGAGGGUCCCAUAAACAGCUGGUGGAUCUGCUCCAAGAAGAGUUAGAAGACUGUGUCCUUUAUACCCUGCCUGCAAAGAAAUGGCAUUGGAGAGCACGGACGUCGGCUUUAUACUUCUCCCAGAAUAUUCCCAUCAGUGAGCAGUACAGGAUCCUCUUUGCAAGCUCAGUGCUGAACCUGACUGAAUUGGCUGCCCUUCGGCCUGACCUUGGGAAAUUAAAAAAGAUUCUGUACUUCCAUGAGAACCAGUUGGUAUAUCCUGUCAAGAAAUGUCAGGAGAGGGAUUUCCAGUAUGGAUACAACCAAAUUCUCUCAUGCCUGGUGGCUGAUGUGGUGGUGUUCAACUCAGUUUUUAAUAUGGAGUCAUUUCUCACCUCUAUCGGAAAAUUUAUGAAACUGAUUCCUGAUCACAGACCCAAGGAUCUGGAAAGCAUCAUCAGGCCCAAAUGCCAAGUUAUUUACUUUCCCAUCAGGUUUCCUGAUGUGAGCAGAUUCAUGCCCAAGCACAAAACAGCCCAUUUACAGAAGAUUCUCAGCCUUAAAGGAAAUGGUGGCACUGCUCCAUCUAUGGCCCUUCCUUUCCAACAGGAGCAGAAAGGUUCUGAGAUUUUAUUGAAGAAUUCUGAUUCAGAGUCCGGACCUGGCAACGCGGCGCCACAAGAAAACCUGGGUAGCUCAUUAACACAGGAGUCAGACUGGAGAACGUGCAACCUGUCAGAUAAUUCAAGUUCUCAUCGUCAGGAAAAUGCACAAAAUAUGACUUUUGGUCCCCGUGACAUUUUGGGAGGAACUGAUGAUCCACAAAGACCACUGCACAUUGUGUGGCCUCACAGGUGGGAACAUGAUAAAGAUCCGGAGAGUUUUUUUAAGGUACUGAUGCACCUUAAGGAUUUAGGACUCAAUUUCCACGUGUCUGUCCUUGGAGAAACCUUCACAGAUGUCCCAGAUGUAUUUUCAGAGUCCAGAAAGGCAUUGGGAUCGUCUGUCAUACACUGGGGCUACUUACCCAGCAAAGAUGACUAUUUCCAAGUACUGUGCAUGGCCGAUGUUGUCAUCUCAACAGCUAAGCAUGAAUUCUUUGGAGUGGCGAUGUUGGAAGCUGUGUAUUGUGGCUGUUACCCACUCUGUCCCAAAGAUUUGGUUUAUCCCGAAAUAUUUCCAGCUGAAUAUCUGUAUUCUACACCUGAACAGCUUUCAAAAAGGCUCCAGAAUUUCUGCAAGAGACCAGAUAUUGUAAGAAAACAUCUUUAUAAGGGUGAAAUGACUCCUUUUUCUUGGGCAGCCCUACAUGGUAAAUUCAGGUCUCUGCUUACAACAGAACCUAGGGAAGAUUUGUGACAGAUGGGGCUAAGUCACAAACUUGCAGCCUAAGGCAGAAUCUGUAGAACUUUCCAGAGUGUGCCCAUAUUUACCUGAUCAGAGAGAAAAGAAAAUCUGCAGAGGAAGCUGAGCCUGGCUGCUUGUCAUAGCUGACACAGAGCCAUCUGCCACAAACCUGUGGCGGCUUCAGAUCUCCCAUCCCUGCCACCACCCCAACUCAAAUUAAAUACAGAUUCCUAGAGACGUUAUGAUGGUUACACAUGUCCUCGGCAUCACAUGGAGGAGACUGUUCAAAAAAAAAUAUGUGGCCUGUUGUAUAACCGCACUCAUGUAUCCCAUAUGUGGUGCCACAUUGAAUUUCCGGUUGAAUCCGUUUUUAUCCUUUGUACUGGAUGACAUGGUGCCUGAAUUCUUUCUUUUUGCCGACACGAUGGCAGCCAAACUGCAGCUUCAAAAGCUCGCGCUUGGCUGUGUUUCUACCUAGGUUGCCAGGUUAUCAUCGGAGCCUUCUUGUGUCCUCAAAGGGCCACAGGGUCUGAACGGGGGAUCAGGAUGCUACCAGACUAAUUGGGCAGCCAUCUCAGAAUUGUCUGUGGGCAAAGGACUGCUUUAGCACUUCUAUUUUAGCAAAUUAAUGACUCUCUGGCACAGGGGUUUUUAAGUGAAGGUAUUAAUAAGGGAUCUGGCAGGUAUUCCCAUGAUUCACAGAGUUACAUUUGCAUUCAAUUUAUUUUAAAGUUGCGAGAUAAACAGCUGUAAUUUAGACAAACAUGGGAAACACACUAAGUGGGGCCAUCUUGCCCAUAAAAUGAACACUGAGAUACUUGUUUUAAUUUUUUUUUCCUGGGGUAAAAACAGAGAAAUCAAAAUACUUCUACUAAAACAGUCAUUUUGGUAGAAAUAUUCCUCAAAAAUAUUUACAUCCAGCUACAAAUAAAAUCUUUUCAAGAUAAAUCGCUUAUGAUUCCAAUAGUCAAGCUGCUGUAUUUGUUGAUAUAAAGAUGUUUUGAACGGCUAGAUUGUAAAAUAAAUUUUUAAUAAAGUGCCUACUGCAAUUUUUAAUUAGCAUAUCUCAUUUAUGUGUAAAGAGUGUACAUCUAUCUGUAUGUUUCUCACUGAACACUUUCCUUGUGUCAGAGACAACGAAUACAAUUGUUUCUUUUCCGGAUGUACAGGGAUCUGUUUUGCAAAUGUUUGUAAGAUAUUAUGACAUUUCCAAGAUUUUCUUUGCAUUCUGGAAAGCAGGAGGUAAACAUUUGUAGUCAUUAAGGUAAAGUCUGUUGAUAAACCAUCUUCUGUUUACUGACAGGUAAAUUGUAACUUUCCUAGCUUUUGAAAAGAGUAACUUUUAUACACUGCAGAGUGAGGAACAGCCAGGGAGCAGAGGGUAGACAAGCGCCACGUGUGGCCUUCUGGCUUCUAGAACGAUUGAGUGGUCUAGCAGGCAUCCGAGACAGAGCAGGCGAUGAUUCAGAAGUCCGGUAGGGCCCAUUUGACAGGUAGCAAAAUACAGCAGGAAGGAGAUCAAGGUCCGGGAGCCAGAGAGAGCCCUCAGGAUAGCAUCAGUCUUGCAGAUCAAAGAAGGCAGGAGGAAUUCAGAAUCCAUCAGGCCUGGGAACGGAAAAGCAGGAAGAGUGAGAAGCAGAAACAGCAAGCCCUAUCUUUGCAGAUAGUCCUCUCCCUGACCUGUGUGAGAUCCUUAACACAUGGUGGGACAUCACAG